GGGUUGUUUUUUGAUUUACGAAGAAAAUUACAUUGUAGGUUUAAAUAAUUGGAGUUUUCGAUAAUUUUGUAUCUGGGGUUUUGAGUUUUUGAGGGGUGCAAAUGAAUGUGGUUGGUAAAGUUAGUAGCUUUAUAACACAGGGUGUGUAUUCAGUUGCUACCCCAUUUCACCCUUUUGGUGGAGCAGUUGAUAUAAUUGUCGUGAAGCAGAAUGAUGAGACUUUUAGGAGUACCCCUUGGCAUGUUCGAUUUGGUAAAUUUCAGGGUGUACUUAAAGGGGCAGAAAAAGUGGUUCGAAUUGAAGUUAACGGUGUAGAAGCUGAUUUUCAUAUGUAUCUUGAUAAUUCGGGUGAAGCUUAUUUUAUCAGAGAGGUUGUUGCUGAUAAUGUGAAUGGGGAUAUAAGGGAUUCUGCUAAAAAGGAAGAAGUGGAUACUAGUGAUCUUGAUAAUGUGAACAAUAACGAAGGUGUAAAGGAGGAUAAUGACUCUAAUAAAGCUGAGUUUUCAUCGCGAGAUGAAGAUGUGACAUUGGGUAUAGAACGAUUAGACGGGGGAGAUUCCGAUGGUGACAGGAGAUCCUAUGAGUUUCUGGACGAACAAUCUUCUUUGGAGGAUUCGGCUGUAGCAGAACUUAGUUCCAGCAGAUGUGAGAACGCAGAUAAUGUUGAGGAGGUCCUGGAAUCACAGGACUCCAGUUCUGAAGUUGUUAUGGUGAGUGUGGAUGGCCAUAUAUUGAAAGCACCCAUCUUAUCAUCUGAAAUGAAUGUGGAAGAUGUCAAAUUAGACACGCCUAGGUUUCAUCUAGGUCCUGGUCAGGGGACAGAUUUUUCUGAUAGUAACUCAGAGUUCAUCUCAGGUGAAGCUACAUGGGCUAAUGAGUAUCUGAGUUAUCAGGCGUCACCAAAAGUUGCUCCUGCAGACGCUUGCGAUGUGAAAAAAGAGAGCAGUAAGGUUGAGCACCAGACAGAUGUUUCUGAAGUAGAUGGUCAAUAUCCAGUGAAUCUGGACGUCAAGAACCAGGAAAAUGGCAAUCUGGAGAUUACAUCAUGUGUCAUUAAGAAGAAUGCAGUGUCCAACAGCUGUUUGGAGCUCCAAGCGUCUGGCACACAUGUUGAGAAUGAGGUAAAUCAGCCAGAUGUGGUUUCUCCUGUGAAGAUCCAGGAAGUCGUUGACGAUUUAGAAAAGAAGCCUCCUGGGAAACUGGGAGACAGCAGUUCGUUAAAUCCUGCUAAAACCCUUCCGCAAGGCGAAUCAGUGAUGGAUUCUAAUGGUUCUGAUGGCUCAAUAGACCAUCAGGUUGUUAGUGAUAAACACCCUGAGAAAAAGAAUGAUGUAUCUUUAGCAACUGAAGCAAUACAGAGUGGCCAGCAAGAACCAGAUGAAUGUAUGCAAUGUGAAAAUGUGAAGCAUCUUAUAGAAGCUUUUCUUAAAGUAAUAGUGACAGGAGUAGAGAUAUCUCUUUGUGGCAGCUUGCUUCAUGCUGGAAUGGGUUCUAGUGCUGCUAGAGAAGCCUUUGAUGCAAAUUACAUAUCUGAGGAGGAAUUCAGAAGUUCUUCAGAAUCCAUAAUCAAGAACAAAAACUUAGUUGUCAGAAUUCGAGGAAACUAUAUUUUGUGGGAUAGAGCUGCUCCUAUCAUUCUUGCCAUGGCCGAAUGUGAUAUGGAACUGCCUGUUGAAUGUGCUGAUUUCAUACCUGUGGAGUUGGGGGAGACCUCAAAAUCAGGAGAGGAUGGUAGUGAGAUCUCUUCAGUUCCUUCUGGAAGACGAUGGACUCUCUGGCCAAAUCCAUUUAGAAGGGUUAAGACACUUGAGAAAAGUAACUGUAGUUCAUCAAAUGAAGAGGUCUUUGUUGAUUCUGAAUCUGGUUCUGUGUACCAGCCUAUAGAACAAACAGCAAUCGCUCAAGGAGGCAAGGAAUCUCCUCAGUUGCAACUCGUGAGAACAAAUAUUCCCACUUCCAGUCAAAUCACAUCUUUAAACUUGAAGGAGGGGCAGAAUGUGGUAACUUUCAUUUUCUCAACCCGAGUCCUAGGGGAGCAAAAGGUUGAAUCCCAUAUAUACUUGUGGAAGUGGAACGCAAAAAUUGUUAUUUCUGAUGUUGAUGGGACUAUUACCAAGUCCGAUGUUCUUGGUCAGUUUAUGCCUUUGGUUGGGAAGGACUGGACACAUUUUGGAACUGCCAGACUUUUUUCUGCAAUCAAGGAAAACGGAUAUCAGCUACUCUUUCUCAGUGCACGUGCUAUUGUUCAAGCAUAUCUGACCAAGAAUUUCCUGUUCAAUCUCAAACAGGAUGGAAAAACCCUACCCACUGGACCUGUUGUCAUUUCUCCUGAUGGUUUAUUUCCAUCGUUGUAUAGAGAAGUUAUAAGAAGAGCUCCUCAUGAAUUCAAGAUAGCCUGUUUAGAGGACAUCAAAGCACUUUUCCCACAAGAUUACAACCCAUUUUAUGCAGGGUUUGGGAAUAGGGACACUGAUGAAUUCAGUUACAGAAAAAUUGGAAUUCCUAAAGGCAAAAUUUUUAUAAUCAACCCAAAGGGGGAGGUGUCGAUUAAUAACCAAAUUGAUGUGAAAUCCUAUACUUCAUUGCACAGUCUAGUUGAUGACAUGUUCCCACCGACAUCCAUGGCUGAGCAGGAAGAUUAUAACAUAUGGAACUAUUGGAAAAUGCCCAUCUCAGACAUCAAUUUCUUGUAGAGAUUUUGUCUCCAUACAGAUGGAUCUAUUCUGUUGAUUUGAUCACUUCUAGCUCUUUGAAAGGAGGGGGUUGCCACUGCUGAUUUUUUGGUCGGAAAAAUAUUUACUCGCACCCAAUGUUUCUACCAAAUUAAGAAACGUAAUACUAAGAUA